CUACACCCGAAACAAUCCGAACACAAAAAUGGUGGAUGCUGAAAAUGAUAGCCAGGAUUCUAAGGAAGUAAAUAUCAGAGAAAAUAUGGAUAACAAUCAACAAAAGGGAGAAUUGGUUCCCAUGGAGGAUAACGAAGUGAAUGCAGAAAUUGAGGAACGAAGGAAAAAAUAUCAGCCUUCGCGUCUUGAAUCAUUCUUUGCAAUAACAAAGUCUUUAAUCAUACGUGCCAUUAUUAUUUAUUUCGUUAUUUAUCUAUUUAGACGUCCCCAAACCAAUAUUAAUGUUCAAUCUUCUGGUGCUGUUAAUUCACCAGAUUCGCUAUCUAUAAACAUAUUUCAAAAUGGGACAUUGUUCGAUUUACAUGUUUAUUUAUCAGAAUCUGAGACUUUUAAACAGUUUAAUGAUACAGAGAAAUUAAUAUGGUUGGAACAAGGAUUAAUUUAUGGAGAUUGGUAUAGCGGACCAGAUAAAGACGGCUCAAAGACUAUAAAAUAUAAAUUUAAUCCAUCCGAUCAAUUAAAAAACAAUGGAUCUAUAUACCUUCAUGUAUAUGUUACAAAGAGCGGAAAAUCUCCAAAUCCUAAAGCAAGCAAAAAUGUUUAUGCGGGUGAUUACAUGUCAUAUUCUCGAAUAAUGUUAAAUAAAUUUAAGAAAAUUAAAUACCAAAAGAAACAUAAUUUGUUAACUGGUGAAACUACUGCGACUAAAGAGGAAAUUGAGAAAGCUGAAGUAAUGAAUCAAGAGUAUGUGUCACAUUGGCAUCCUAAUUUAACUAUUAAUUUAGUAACUGAUCAAACUAAUUGGGUACAUGGUCAUGUGCCAUCUCCUUUAGAUACGUACAUCCAAUUUUUACCUGGAGAGAUAUUUUAUAAACCCGCGAUACACAUGAAUGACUUUUGGAACAUGCAAAGGGAUUAUCAACCCUUGAACGAAACUGUAAAGGAGCUUGAACUUAGAUUAACUUAUCAACCUCUUUCAUUGUUUAAGUGGCAAAUAUAUAUAGCUCAAACAAUCAGAAAUACAUGGACAUCUUCUCUUAUGGGAGAUUCGUUGGACGAAGAUGACAAUGAUCAAGAUACUUUGAAGGAAACAUUAUUGGAAACUAAUCCUUAUCUGUUGGGUCUGACUAUAAUUAUAUCAGUAUUACACAGUGGAUUCGAAUUUUUAGCAUUUAAGAAUGAUAUUCAAUUUUGGAACAAUCGCAAUUCAUUGGAGGGUCUAUCCGUUCGAUCUGUAUUUUUCAAUGUUUUCCAAUCACUUGUUGUUUUAUUGUAUGUUCUUGACAAUGAAACGAAUACAGUUGUUCGGAUUAGUUGCGCGAUAGGUAUAUGCAUAGAAGUAUGGAAAAUUAAUAAGGUCAUAGAUAUUAACGUUAACAGGAAUUCAAAAGUAUUUGGUAUCUUUCCAAAAAUAAGUUUUCAUGAUAAAGGAUCAUACGUAGAAUCUACCACGAAAGAAUAUGACGAACUUGCAUUCAAAUAUUUAUCUUGGGCACUUUAUCCUCUUUUAGGAGGAUAUGCAAUUUACUCGUUAAUGUAUUUAGAACAUAAAGGUUGGUAUUCUUGGAUUCUUAGUAUGCUUUAUGGAUUUUUACUAACAUUUGGAUUUAUUAUGAUGACUCCACAAUUAUUUAUUAAUUAUAAACUAAAAAGUGUGGCACAUCUUCCAUGGCGUAUGAUGUCUUAUAAAUUUUUAAACACAUUCAUUGAUGAUAUUUUUGCAUUCGUUAUAAAAAUGCCAACACUCUAUAGAAUUGGUUGCUUCCGUGAUGAUAUUGUUUUCUUUAUAUUUUUGUACCAAAGACAGAUAUAUAAAACUGAUCGUACUAGGGUAAAUGAAUUUGGUUUCUCCGGUGAAAUGGAAAAUAAAAUAACUACCGAUAAUAAACACCAUGCUAUCAAAGAUUCGCCGAAAACUGAAACAGAUAAAAAGAAUAAGUAAUAUACAGUAUAGUAUAAUGUUAGCGUUGAGUGUAUUAUUCGAACUUUAUCUGAAAUUAAUAAACAUAUUAGUACCAAAGGAUAUAUCUGCAUGCAUUAAUACGUAUCACUGUGAGUUUGAUAUAAAUAUGUGUGUAAGUAUAUAUUCUUUUGGUUUAUGAGAUUUAGCCAAAUAAAUAAGCCUCGCAAAGGUACCAAUACCCUUAAAUGGGGGGAUGUCGAUAUCCAUUGUACUAGGCAUAAUGUUAACUGACAAAAUUUUAGUACCAACAUAAGCAACUAUGUAUAUUCUUUUAGGAAGCUGUUGUCAUCGUGUUUUAUUUAGAAUUUGUUGUCUUUUCAUUUCUAUUUCAAUUCCUUGUAAUUGUUAUCGUUUUGAAUGAUAUUGAGGAAAAAAUAUAAAGUUCACUACGACAUUUAGAAAAUAUUUCAAACUGCGAUUUUGUUUUUGUUGUAUACAUAUAAAUUGAAAUCGUCCGAACUAUGCGUACAUUCAUACACAUAUAUUUACCUGAAUAAUUUGAAUGAAAAAAUAAUAUAUUUUACGUGCACACAUCAUGUUAAUACAAUGACAUUUGAGCAGUGUAUCUUUUGUACUAAAUAUUUUAGUUACACACAACACACACACACACACACAAAAUAUUGCAAAAUAUUUUUGCAGAAAAUAACAAACUUGAAACAAACUGGUUCGCGCAAUGCAAAUGUUUAAAAUUAAAUUGUGACCGCUCUUAGAUACGAUUAUAACUAUUGUUUUUAAUAAAUCAAUAUCUCUAAGUAAUGUUUAAUUUUAUAUUGUGAGUAAUAAUAGUUUACUAUUCAUUUUUCCUGAAAUUAACUUGUGUUCGCUAAAGACAAUGACGUUGAAUAAUUUAAUAAAAUGUACAUAGACAUUAUGUAUAGUUGAAAUGUGCAGGUUUAUUACGACAUCAAAAUAUUUCAGUAACAUAACAACGAGAUAAAUUUUUAGACAACAAAAAUUAUCCUUUUUAUAAUUGUUUAUAAUAUAAUUGUAACAAGGCUUCCUGAAAAGCAGUGUUGAGAAAAUUUUAAUCUGAUUAUAUUCUCCACGAUUACUUGUACAAAGUAAUUGCAUUGCAAAGUGCUAUUGCUUUGUAAAAGUAAUCAUAACAGAUACAAUCAGAUUACAUUUGGUCCAAUAUUAUUGUAAAGUAUACAAUCACGAAAUAUUAACAAGAUGCGAUAAAAGAAAACAAUGAAAAUAUAUAUGUAUAUUGUAUAAAAUACUCUAUGGAUGUAAUAGUGUGUAAUAGCAGCACACAUCAUGGAAAGACGUUAAUAAUUUGCGUGAGAGAGAGAAAAAACGUUGAUACAUUGAAUAUAUUCGAACUGCGAUGUAAAAAAUGUACAAGAAUAUUGGCAGGUAUAUAAGAUUUACAAGAGAUGACCCUAUAUUAAAGAAAGGUUAUACUUGUUACUUAUAAUACAGUAUAAAAACUGUCUGUAGGUAUACAGCAACGCAUUUAACAACAGUGUUUUCUAUUUGCAAUUUGUUCAAAUUAUUUUCAAUCCUAUGAUUAACAUGUAAAUUAUUCUUUAAAAUGUACCGUCAAUAGAAAUGCAAAGUAAUUGUAUAAACUUAAAAUUGAUCGCAAUAUUGUUAACGUUUAAUUUUUUUACGAAAAGGCACUUUCUCUUUUUGCAGUAUUCCAGCAAAUUUCAGCAGUAUAUCGAACGUCAUUUAUUUACGGAUCCUCCUCGCAUUUAUAGAUUUUUAUGCAUUUAAAAUAAAAACAUUAAGUAAUAAUAGCCGAGUUGGGUCAACUUUUAAAUUUAUAAGCAUUAUUUUUGUAUAUAUUUUCUUAAUAUACUACAUCAUUCGUAAGAAAGCAUAUUGAAAAAUGUGAGCUAAUCCAAUAGAAAAGUGUAAAACAAAGAUAUAUUACAAUAUUACGAUUUGGAUUUCGAAUUCAAGCAAUGAUUUGAUAAUUGAAAUAUUAUUAAAUAAUAAAGAUUACUGUUCAUUAUUACGUUCCUUUUUUUAUAAAUAAUAAUGGUGCGAAAGUACAUUAAACCAUCUGUAUUGUCCAUUUCAUUUUAAUACAGAUUAUCUGGUUUCAACACAAGACAUUAUGCAUUUCAUAUUAACUUUUGAUUGAAUUGAUUUCUUGUAGAAAACAUUGCAUAUGUAUUUGAAAAAUCUUCAAGUUUCUAUAACAAACAGGCAAAACAGCAAUACUAUAUGUAGAUAUCAAUGGCUAUUCUUUUUGUACAAAUGCACUAUGAUAGUGAUUAUGUACUAGAUAUAAACAAUUUAAAGUACAAAUUUUUAUGUACAGUAUUUCCAUAUUAUGUUCAAAAAAUACAAUUAUCUCAAGAUGAAACCUAUAUUCUUUUAAUUUGCAAUCUUUCCUUAUAGUAUUCCGUUUAGCGCCAUACCAACUGUAUUUCUGUUGCUACAUAAAUAGUUUAAUAGACAAUUGAAAGUAAUUGGUCAAAACAAUUGAAUGAUUAGGAAUAUUAAUCUUAUUUCACAAUAGCACUGCAAACAGUUUUCAUUGAAACGUGAAAAACUAUAGGUACGGAAAACGGUUUGAAUGUGCAUCAGUGUUCUUUGUUAUACAUAUUUGUCUACAGAUUGCAUGGCACUAAAGGAAACCAAGUACUAUAUGCACUGACUAUAUAACAUAGUAUUUAAAUAAUUAAAUCUUGACGGCUAAAUUAUCGUAAGUAAAACCUUCGUACUGUAUAACAGGAAUGGCCAACGACAAGUCGAUCACAGCCGACAGGAGACGAUUUCAACACGCCCCAUUGUUAACUUAUCAGUACACAAGACACAAGAAGUUUGAAUGUGUUAAAUGUGAAAAUUUUAGUAGGUAAAUAUCGUGACACA